AUGAUCGAGCUCUGGUUCGCGUACUACUCUGCCUGGUCCGGCCAGAUCCUCUUAGAGCGAUGGGCCAUUGGUCUUUACAACAUACUGUUCACUGGUGGGGCACCUUUAGCCCUGGGACUGUUUGACUGGCGUUGCACUGCCAUUGUUUCCUACAAUUACCCGAAACUCUACAAACCCUCACAGGCAGCCCAGUAUUUCAAUGGCAAGGUUUUCUGGUACUGGAUGUCUAAUGCUAUGAUCCAUUCCGCGUUGUUGUUUUGGCUACCGCUGAUGGCCUUUGAUGAAGGCAUUAUCUUAACCAAUGGUAUGGAUGGAAGCUACGUCAUUCUGGGCAACAUCAUCUACACUUAUGUUGUGGUCACGGUCUGCCUCAAGGCCGCACUGGAUACUUACUCGUGGACGUGGUUUUCCACAUUGGCUUACGGAGGAUCGGUUUUGGCGUGGAUUCUCUUUUUAGCGAUUUACAGAGUAGCUUGGUUUGCUGGCCCGGCUAACCACUGA